GUGCAAAAAAAAGUGAAAAGUGAAAGACGCAAACUUCAGGCUGUGUGGAUAUUGUCAGAACGUCCGGCCUAAAACUUUAAAGCGAAGAAGAAGAAGAAAGAAAACAAGCUGGGUAUACGGAUUCUAUUUUAUUUAUGUUUUUUUCUUUGUAUCGUUAGUUUUUCACGGGAUUGAGGACUCGGUUGAGAGGAAAAAUGUCUAAAAAACCUGAUGGUUAUAGUAAUAUUGUGGAGUGUCCCUACAAUAAAGCUCAUCAAAUCGAAAAUGGUCGAAGAUUCCAGACUCAUUUAAUAAAAUGCCGCCGAGAAUACGAGAAAUGCCGCACUUUGAACAAAGUACAGUGUCCUUUUAAUGCUACACACUUGAUAAAUGAGCCUGAACGCCAGCAUCACGUGGAGAAUUGUCCGGACAGGGUGAUUGUUGACAAGUUCCGAAUGCCAGUUGUGGAUUCUGUUCAGGCACUACAAAGGGCAGACAAUAUUAAAAUGAUUCCACAAAAUCCACUGGAUGAUGAAGAAGAUUGGGAUAACGAUGCUCCAACUCAAGCUUAUGAUCCACAGAAAUAUUGUGAAGCCAACAAUAUCAUCCGUCAAUGCCAUGGGAUGCAGCCCAGCGAGAGGAAAGCCUUUAGAAAACAAGAACACUUGCGUCUGGGCGAUAUUCGAAAGACCAAAUAAUUUUAAUGAACUUUCCUCUUGAAAAAAAAAACAUUUGAUCAAAUUUCUUUUACCAUUUGAUUAAAUUCUUUAUAUCUUAUAGAAUUAUAAAAUUGUACAUUAAACCUUUUAUUUUACAAAUUGACGAAAAUGACCGUGAAAAAAUUUUAUCAAGUUUUAAAUAAAGAGAAAAACGAUAUUGUAAAGAACAGAUUUUACCAAUAAAAUUCUCAGAUGGAUUAAU